AUGGAGACUUGGAGAGGGUGGCUUUCAAAAACACGUUUGAAGUCACGAGUUACAACAAAACAACACCAACCUACAACAUUGUAAAACACGUUUGAUGGCGAAACUGAAACUGUGUGCAUGUCUUUCAAAUUCACCACACGAGCCCGAUCCAGUUAUUGUUCUUUUCACAAUUCAAUUAGGUUGUGAGAAGCUUCAGGCGAAUCAAUUCUACGAGGUUGACAGAUUCUUAUGCAGUUGAAGAGGUAAGCAUAUUUGUUUACCUUUUCAUCCAUGUUUGGAGGUCUAGUGGCUCCUAUUAAUAGUCCACACUUGCGGAAGUCUGGAAGCAGACCGGUUGUUUCUGAUCUUGGCGCAAAUGAGGUGGAAAAUGGUGUUGAUGAAGGUUUAUUGUAUUCAACAGAGGCAAGUGAUUUGACGGGUGCUACAAUAUCAAUGAGGGCCACUGCUGUAAUUCCCUCACCUAUUUUGUUAUGGAGAUUCAAGGUACUAAUUUUCCUUGUCUGGGGCUUCAUCUGUUGCAAGAUUGGAUGGGAUUCUGUCAUGAGAAUGAGUGCAGACAAGCGGGAUUUAUUUCUAUACGAGGCAUUUUUGUAUUAUAAUCCUCUUCUUCUUGCGACUUUGAUGGUUUGGCUUUGGGGAAUCAACUUAUGGUUUUUCAGUCAAGGUUCUGUCAAUUAUGCAAAAAUAUUUGAUCUUGAUCAAAAUCAUCUGACUCACAGAGAAGUAUGGAAGUGUGCCACAUGGAUGACAGUUAUUGUUCCAACCAGUAUGACAGCAUAUAUUUAUCUUUAUUCUCAAGGAGAAGUCUCAUAUGCUGCAUCACAACCAGUUCUCUUAUAUGCUGCUGUUGUAAUGGUUUUGAUAUUCCCCUUUGAUAUCUUUCACUUGUCUUCUCGGUAUUACUUCUUAAGGACACUUUGGCGUAUAGUUUUCCCAUUACAGGCAAUAUCAUUCUCUGAUUUUUUCAUGGCUGAUAUUUUAACUUCCAUGGCAAAGGUCUUUUCUGAUUUGGAACGUUCAGUAUGUAGAAUGGUCCAUCGACAGGUUGCCACGAUUGCUUGGUUGGAAGCUGAUUCUGUUUGUGGCAGUCACUCUGUCGCAAUCCCCUUAGCUCUUCUCUUGCCUUACUUUUUCCGUUUAAACCAAUGUCUCCGGCAGUACAAAGACACGGGGGAGAAAGCUGCUCUUUUGAAUGCUUUAAAAUAUUCAACCGCUGUGCCAGUGAUUUUUCUUUCUGCCUCGAAAUAUCAUGUCUUCCCUGAAAGAUGGACAAACUUAUAUAGGCCUCUCUGGCUUAUGUCAAGUGUUGUGAACUCAUCAUACUCUUUCUACUGGGAUGUAACUCGAGAUUGGGACUUGAGUGGCUUCACUCGAAUAUUCAAGUUUAACAAGCCACAUUUGCUGUCACAUCUGUUAUAUGGAAGGAUAUGGGUUUACUUUUGGGUGAUUGGAAGCAAUCUAGUUUUGCGUUGUACAUGGACAUACAAGCUCUCUGCACAUCUUCGCCAUAAUCACAUCACAGUGUUCACAAUUGCUGCCUUGGAGAUCUUUCGCCGCUUUCAGUGGAUCUUUUUCCGUGUAGAAAAUGAGUGGAACAAGAUGAAUUCCAAAUCACACAUACAACUCUCACUUGAUAGCAUGCCAAACGAGGGAGAGAAAUUACUUCAUUCCAAUAACCACAGUGUAUAGGCUUCGGAACAUUGUUUAUUUGAGGUUUAUUUUAAGGGAUUAAUGUUUCUUUGGUUGUAAGAGAUAAUUUUAUCUACUACACAUAUAUAAAAGUGUGUAGACCCCGUGUGAGGCCAUGUGAAUAGAAAAGAGAGAAAAAGAAAACAUGGGCCCCACUGUAGAAGAUAAAAUUAUCUCCUAUUACAUGAGAAACACUAAUCCGUUAUUUUAAAUGUUUUAUGAUAGGGGUUCACAUUCCAUUUUUGUCAUCUCAACGGCUUUC